GUGGUUGUGCUAUAGAUGGACUCGACCCCGCCAUAUGAAUGUGGAAUUUCCCACCACUGGCUCCGCAGCGUUGUAAACAGGAGAGCUAUGGAGGAGCAGUCGAGGAUGACCCAAACGUCGCCGGGAGCCAGCCACAAGAGCACACAAACGGUGUCCCGGCGAGGAGGACUCUUGAGGGCUACGGUGGAGCUGCUGUUCUCAGUGUGGCCCUUCCGAUGGCUGGGUGCCCUCCUGGAGCAGGUCUGCGGCCUGCUGCUCUGGUUCAUGGACCUGGUGGCCUUCGACGUGGUCCCCGCCGCUCCCUGCAGGCGGCCGAGCCCCGCGGCGCGUCGCUACCUCGAGGGCCGCAAGCGCCUCUCCAACGUCGAGCGGAUUCUGAGCCGCGUGCUGCCGGAGGGCUUCGUGCGCUCGGUCGUCGGGAUACCCAGCGUGGCCUCGUUCGGCACGCCGCUGCUCUACAGCCUAGACUUGGGCAAGUCGCCCAACAAGCAGGACGGGAAAGGGAGCAAGCGCAAGCAAUCCGAGCUGCUCCCGAUCGACGAGGACGAGAGUGACGCCAGUGGAGGAGAGGAGGGCGACCUCUCGGGCGCGAGCGGCUUCUCAGAUGAAGAUCUCCUCCCUUCUGUGGGACGGGCGUCCCAAGCCAUUGCCGAGAGGGCUGCGCCGGCGAGCCUGGAUCUGAACGAGUCUCAGGGCUCUACGAUCGUGCAGAACACCAGCUCCGAGGAUGAGGACGACGAGAAGGAGCUUCGAAAAGCCAACCUGAGCGCCCUCAUGGGGGACGACAUCCCCGAUGAAAACAGCUUUGAUGACCCAAGCUACGUGGUGAGCACGUCGGAGACUCUGGACAGUGACGAGUUCGUGGACACCGAGGCGCUGAGCGACUGCGAGACGCUGCAUGACGACAAGACGGAGUUCAUGGACGCAAUGGCAGGUCUGUUGCUGAAUUCGACCAACAUCCUUGUGAUGGUGGGGAUGGCGUGGAUAACGCCCACCUUGCGCAACUUGUAAUAAGAUUUGGUUAAAAUAACAACUUUUUGCUGAAAGGACUACUGAACUAUCCUGCCCACCUGGUUUUGGUUCCGUGGGGUGACCACGUGCGAUUUAACCCCAUGCUGGAUGGACUCGACAAGGAUCCUACUGAUUGUACAUUGCAUCUUGGCCGAAACUUCAACACCACCACCAUUCAACGUAUAAAUAAACUGCAAGAAUACAUUUCAAUAGGUUGGCCUGAUUGAAUCGUGUGGUCCCUGGCUGGAUAUACACUGAACGAGUUUCAUUGUUAAUGCAUACGUGUGGCCGACUGACUGGCCUUAGCCGUAAUAUAGGUUGUGAGUUCGAUUCCAACAGUUGCCCAGCAUUAUUCUGACAAAUUGUCAAAACCAUGACGUUUUGAUGCAAGGCAUCACUUUAUCACACUUGGAACCAUAUUACAUUGAUGUGGGUCAAGUUGGAGAUUACCGUCUUCCCUGAAUGCCUCCCGUGUUUUUGAAACAAAUUGGCCCUGCAUCUUCUAAAAUGUAUUUAAUUUCAGUUACAAACUGGAGCGAGUUUUAAGUAAAGUUUACUUGCUGGCGCAUCUUUUACGAGUAAUCUCUCGCUUGUCAUGUCGAUGGCUAAUUGUUUUUCCGUGCUGCCCCGCGUCUCGUGGGGGGGGGGGGGGGGUGCGGUGAGACGCACAGCGUCUUGACUCCCUGCUGCGUCGAUGUU